GGCAGUUGAUAGUUUAUCAUUCCUUUUGUCUGUUUCGUUUCCUGACCGAAAAUACCCGUACGACUUGCUGCAACAUGCGCUCGUUCGCGCCCUGGCUCGUGAGCUUCCUCGGAGCAUCCGCCGUGGCUGUGGCUGCCGACACCGAGUCCGAUGUUAUAUCGCUAAACAAGGACACAUUUGAUGAGUUCAUGAAGGAGCAUGAUCUCGUCCUCGCGGAAUUUUUUGCGCCUUGGUGUGGUCACUGCAAGGCCCUUGCACCCAAGUAUGAGGAGGCAGCUAAAGAGCUGAAGGCGAAGAACAUUCCCUUGGUCAAGGUUGACUGCACUGCCGAGGAGGAUCUAUGCAGGGAUCAUGGCGUCGAAGGCUACCCGACCCUUAAGAUUUUCCGUGGCGUUGAUUCCAGCAAGCCUUAUCAGGGAGCUCGUCAAACAGAAUCGAUCGUUUCCUACAUGACCAAGCAAUCGCUCCCCGCGGUGUCCUCUGUGAACGAGGAGAAUCUGGAAGAGAUCAAGGCCAUGGACAAAAUUGUUGUUAUUGGCUAUAUCCCGUCCGAGGACCAGGAAAUGUAUCAAGCAUUCGAAAAGUACGCCGAAUCCCAGAGAGAUAAUUACUUGUUUGCUGCGACAAAUGAUCCGGCCAUUGCGAAGACGGAGGGUGUUGAUCAGCCGUCUCUCGUGCUUUACAAGGACUUUGAUGAGAAGAAGGCCGUUUACGAGGGGGAGAUCGAGCAAGAGGCUAUUCACAAUUGGGUGAAAUCCGCUAGUACGCCCCUUGUUGGCGAAAUCGGCCCUGAGACCUAUUCCGGCUAUAUCGGGGCUGGAAUCCCACUGGCGUAUAUCUUUGCCGAGACUCAGGAGGAACGCGAAAAAUAUACUGAAGAGUUCAAGCCCAUUGCACAGAAGCACAAGGGUGCUAUCAACAUUGCUACAAUUGACGCCAAGAUGUUUGGUGCCCACGCCGGAAAUCUCAAUCUCGACCCCCAGACGUUCCCAGCAUUCGCUAUUCAGGACCCUGCGAAGAAUGCCAAAUACCCUUACGAUCAGUCAAAGGAAUUGAACGCCGCCGAUGUGGACAAAUUCAUCCAAGAUGUCAUUGAUGGGAAGGUCGACCCUAGCAUCAAGUCGGAGCCGGUUCCCGAGACCCAAGAGGGUCCAGUCACAGUUGUCGUGGCCCACUCUUACAAGGAGCUUGUCAUUGAUAACGACAAGGAUGUCUUGGUCGAAUUUUACGCGCCAUGGUGUGGGCACUGCAAAGCACUUGCUCCCAAGUACGACGAACUCGCAGGCCUUUAUGCAGGCCACCCUGACUUCGCGGCCAAGGUCACCAUCGCCAAGAUCGACGCAACGGCCAACGAUGUUCCAGACCCUAUUACUGGCUUCCCUACUAUCAGGCUCUACCCGGCUGGCGCCAAGGACGCUCCUAUUGAGUAUUCUGGCUCACGCACCGUGGAAGAUCUCGCGAAUUUCGUGAAGGAGAAUGGCAAGCAUAAAAUCGAUGCUUUCGAUGUUAGUCCCCAGGAAACCCAGGAGGGCGGCGAUGUGACCGAUGCGUCUCCUGCGACUCAGGCCGAGACUCCGGCUGCCACAGAGGACGAGGCGGUGGAGCAUGAUGAACUGUAAAGGGGUCCUUCAAAUCUGAUUUUAAUCACUAUGCUGUAUCGUAUCACUAAUUACCCAAAUAUCGAAUUUCACUAUAAACAUGUUUAGAAUAUUGACCGUCUACACCCACCACAUCAACAA